UUAUUCGAAAAAUAAAUAAAUAACAUCCUCAAUAAUAGUUAAUUACAAACUAUACUUGUGUGGGAGAAGAAGGGAAAGACAUGGCAAUGGUAAGUGGUAGUAUAAGGCAGCAGAGUGUGUGUAUGAGUGUGCAGCUGAGAGGAACAGGAUUGAAUUCCCAUGUUCCUCUACCUUCUCAGCACUCCCUCAUUCCUAGUUACCACAACAACACCCACCAUUCUCUCGUGCUUCACAGCCGCUUCCAUCUCACGGUGGCGGCACCCAAAGCUUCCGCGGGAAGCUACAGCCCCACCGACGACGAUGGAGUCUCUCUGGGCACCAUGAAGCUACCUGUCAACAUAGACCUUCAGAGAUUCGAUUCCCUGCUCUUUCAGUGGGCAAACAGCCUUUGCCAGGGAGCCAGUCUACCACUUUCCACGCCUCUCAAGGUUGACAAAAUACCCGGUGGAGCAAGAUUGGGGUUUAUAGACAUUGGGGAAACAGAAGUUCUUGUGUAUAUUGACUGUUUGGUUUUUAAACCAAAUGAAAGUUCUCCUCCAGUUUUCCAAGCGACCAGACAUGGGCGCAUGAAAGAUAAGGUGCCACAGGGUGAGCCCAGAAUCAUGAGGAGCCUUAUGGAAGCUCUUCAGAAGUCAGUUCAGAUUGCCUCAUUGUGAGGGUUUUUAAUUUUCCUUCUCCCUGAUGAUGUACUUGUAGGGUGUUUUUGAGCUGUAAAGUGAACACUAUCCUAAAUGAAGUCUAAAUUUGAUGUAGAUAUACUUGCUACAAUAGAAACUCCCAAAACAGUCUUUUGUAUAAAAAUUAUAUUACUCGAUUCUCUCACAAAA